UAUUCCAUUCCCAUCUCUCCAACAUCUGCUUUUCCAAAUUUGUUUAGACUUUCUCUCUCUCUAAAGGCUUUCUGCUUCACCAAUAAUCUUAUCUCUCUGAUUAUUUUUUUGAGGACACAUGUUUUAAUUCUUUUUUUUCCUUACAAGUGACCUAUUUCCGGCAAAAACUGAGGAGGAGUACCCUUUCAUCUGAUUCUCACAUCCUCAAAGUCAACAUCUUUUCUCCUUCCUUCGGCUCUCUCUCUCUCUCCCCUCCAGAUUCCGCCAAUUCCUCCAUCAGAACCGUACAGAUGCCAAAGGUAACAUCGUAUAGUUAACAGAGUGCAACAAUGACACAGUCCAACUCGAACUCAAACGGGGAAUCCGAGGAACCCGAAUCCAAUCCCAUCGAACUCUCUCUCGAUCUGACACUCGAGUCGAAGGGCACGAGCACGUCGUCGUCUCCGACCAUUCCGAGAGUCUUCUCUUGCAACUACUGCAGGCGCAAGUUCUACAGCUCGCAAGCCCUCGGCGGUCACCAGAACGCUCAUAAACGCGAACGCACGAUCGCCAAACGCGCUUUCCACGUCGGCAGAAUCCUCGGCCAUGGCCACGGACACGGACCUUACACAAGCCUCGCUUCCCUCGGGAUCGGGAUCCGUGCCCACUCCGGUGUGAUGCACCACCCCGGUGGCUCGGUGCAGCCCCAGCCGCAGCAGCUGGCUCACAAGGUGGUUCCUGCGGCUAGGUUUCAUCGCGGUUGCUAUGGCAGUAACGAGCCGGAAGUGUUCGUCGGAUACAACGACGUCGGCGAGUUCUUCUGGCCCGGCAGCUUCCGACAGGUGAAUCUCGAAGCUCAGUUGACGAGUUCGAGUUUGGAUCUGAAUUCUGCUCCUGCGGCUGUUGCUGCCGGUGUAGAUUCCUCGGUGCCAGAUCUCACUUUGAGACUCUGAGAACUGGAAUUCGUGUUUUUCUUUCUUUUCUUUUUUCUUUUUAAAAAUUACAUAUAAGAGGGGGUUUUUUAAUUGUAAAACAGAGGGUUCAUUUGCUGUCACAGGUCAAAUUAUUGUUCUUACAGGAGUGGAGUGUGUUAGUGUCGGAUGAUGUACAAAAUCUUGAACUCUUUGGUUUGAUUUGCAGAAGAAAACGUUUGUCAAAUCCUUCA